AUGGGCUGCGACAAAAAGGGGAGUCAAAGUCUUAUACUCUAUGUUUUCUUGUGCUUUGUCUAUAUUAUUUCUCUUUUAGGAAACAUUUUUAUCAUGUUUGUUAUUUGCACUGAUCACUCCCUUCACAAUCCAAAAUACAUUGCCGUUUUUAAUCUAGCAGUGGCAGACUUGUGUGGAAGUACUGCACUUGUUCCUAAAUUGAUUAACACCUUCCUCUUUGAAUCUCAAUACUUUUCCUAUGAAGAAUGUUUAGCCAAUAUGUUUUUUGUUUUUUUCUUCAUCACUUCACAGUCUCUGACUCUGGCUGUUCUGUCCUAUGACAGAUAUGUUGCUAUAUGCCACCCACUGAGAUACCAUGAGCUUGUGACUAACACGUCAAUGUCUGUGAUCAUAGCAGCUGUGUGGAGUUUAUCAGCACUGUUUGUACUCAUAGCUGUGGGGGCUGUCACGAGAUUGUCAUUUUGCAAUUCAGUUGUGGUAAACAGCUAUUUCUGUGAUCAUGGUCCUGUAAUUAGGUUGGCCUGCAAUGACAAUGCACCAAACAGGGCGAUUUCAUUAAUGAAUCCUAUAGUGAUUCUCUGGGUUCCAGUAUCUUUUAUCACAGCAACAUAUGUUUGCAUAGCCUACACAUUGUCAAGAAUUGCAUCUGCUACAGAGCGCCUCAAAGCCAUGAAAACCUGCACUUCUCAUUUGGUUUUGGUGGGUACAUUUUACUUGCCAGUAUGCAUGACCUAUGUGAUUGGCUCAACCAUUCACCCAAAUGCCAGAAUAAUCAAUCUGUCACUGACAAUGAUUUUGCCACCCAUGCUGAAUCCACUCAUUUACUCAUUGAAGACAGAGGAGUUCCUGGAAUCCAUCAAGAAGCUCUUCAGAAGACAUAAAAUAAUGACAGCUAGAAGAAACACAUAA